AUGGAGGAGUUGAAGGAAAAGUAUCCAGACUAUGAAGAAAUGGAUAUAGAAACUUUAGAUAGCGAAUUACCGCACCUUGACAAGGAUCUUAGGGAAAGCGAAACUACUGAGGAGACCCAGGAUAUUAACGAGGAAAUUAAUUACGUACAGGAACUGAGGAGGAGAAAAAUGUUGAGCGAGGACCUUACGAGAGAGCAAUUAGCUGAGAAAUUCCCUGACCUAUCUAAUCUGUCAUACGAUGAUCUAAUGGAUAGGGGAGACAGACUGUUAAAUGAAAUAAUACUAUCCAAUUUGGACGAAGACAGUUUCAAAGAAAAGUCGGAAGAACUGAGAUACGUCAGAAUGCUAUCAAAUGAUUACCAAAGAGAGUCAAACUUAAAUAAACUUCUCAACUUAAGAGAUAAGGUGAAAAAGAGGGAUCUCAUUAAACGGGAUGAUCGUAGGAGACUGCAGAGGCUCAGGUUAUGGGCAAGGGAGAAUGCAGGCAUCUUAUCAGCGGUUCUAAUUUCCUCAUCAGCUAUAAUCAUAGGACUGGUAGCAUAA